AUGAACUAUUUCAGCAAAACGAAGAUAAUUAUAAAGGUGCUGGGGGCUGGGCAAACAGUGGGUAGAUCAUGCGUUAUAGUGGAGUUAGAAAAUAGACGGGUAAUGUUUGACUGCGGCUCACAUUUAGGAUAUAAAGACGAAAGAAAAUACCCUAAUUUUAACUUACUAGUAAAGGAUGACAAUUAUGAUAUUACUGGCAGUAACUUUAGUAGGAGCAAUAAUAGAAGUAGUAAUAAUAGAAAUAGUAAUAAUAGCAAUAGUAAUAAUAGCAAUAGUAAUAAUAGCAAUAGGAAUAGUAAUAAUAUCAACAGUCAGUGGAAUGUGGGGGAAAAAAAUUUGGGAGAAGCAGACGCGUAUGAUAUUCUGAACACUGAGGUCAAUAUAAGUAUAGUGAAUAGUAGCAUUUCAGAUAAAGAGAAAUUGAUAAAUAAUUUGAAGAGAAUAAAUGAAAUAAUCGAUUGUGUAAUAAUCAGUCAUUUUCAUAUGGAUCAUAUAGGUGCAUUACCCUUUUUUACUGAAAUUUUAAAAUAUAAAGGUACAAUUAUUAUGAGUUACCCUACAAAAGCACUUAGCCCAAUUUUAUUACUAGAUAGUUGUAAACUAGCUGAUAUGAAAUGGGAGAAAAAAAAUUUCGAGAGACAAAUAAAAAUGUUAAAUGAAAAAUCAGAUGAAUUAUUAAAUUAUAAUAUUAAUUGUUUAAAAAAAGAUCCAUGGAAUAUUAAUGAAGAUAAUAUUUAUAGUUGUAUUAGCAAAGUAGUUGGACUUCAAAUUAAUGAAACAUAUGAAUUAGGGAAUUUAUCUAUUACUCCUUAUUAUGCGGGUCAUGUAUUAGGGGCUUGUAUAUAUAAAUUAGAAUCGAACAAUUUUAGUAUAAUUUAUACUGGAGAUUAUAAUACUGUACCUGAUAAGCAUCUUGGUAGUACUAAAAUUCCUUCCUUAACACCAGAAGUAUUUAUAUCUGAGUCAACAUAUGCAACAUAUGUUAGACCAACAAGAAAAGCUUCUGAAUUAGAAUUAUGUAAUUUAGUACAUGAAUGUGUUCAUAAAGGUGGUAAGGUAUUAAUUCCUGUAUUUGCCAUUGGAAGAGCUCAAGAGUUAUCUAUUCUUUUAGAUGAUUAUUGGAAAAAAAUGAAAAUUAAUUAUCCAAUAUAUUUUGGUUGUGGUUUAACAGAAAAUGCUAAUAAGUACUAUAAAAUAUAUUCAUCUUGGGUUAGUAGUAGCUGUUGUGUUCCUAUGGAAAAAAGAAAUCUUUUCAAUUUUGCCAAUAUUUCUCCAUUUGUUAAUACAUAUUUAAAUGAAAAUAGACCAAUGGUUCUAUUUGCUACUCCUGGUAUGUUACAUACAGGAUUAUCAUUAAAAGCUUUUAAAGCCUGGUCAGGAAAUUCUAAAAACUUAGUUAUUUUACCAGGAUAUUGUGUACAAGGAACAGUUGGUCAUAAAUUAAUUAUGGGGGAGAAAAAAAUUGUAUUAGAUCCAACCACCAUUAUUAAUGUUGCUUGUAAAAUUAUUUAUUUAUCCUUCUCAGCCCAUGCAGAUUCGCUUGGAAUACAACAACUUAUAAAACAUGUCUUACCCAAAAAUGUAAUAUUCGUUCAUGGAGAAAAAAAUGGAAUGGAAAAAUUGUCUAAACAAAUUUCAAGUCAUUAUUAUAUUAAUUCUAUAUGCCCUUCCUUAGGUCAACAUUGUGAGUUUGAUUUUUGCAAAGAUAAUAUACAAUUUCUGUAUAUGCAUUAUAGCGAUUAUAAAAAAAUACUUCACAAAAUUAAUCUGCAUAUAGAAGAGGCUUCGUCCAUUCCGUUAGCGCAAAAUAAAGAUAACUUGAACAAAGAGGAGCAGCUUAGUCUAGAUCUGGCAUCUUGUUCAAACACCUGUAUGAUCCCCUUCACAACUUACAUUUUUUAUCUCUCCAUUCGUCAAAAGCCUUUCCUUUUGUUCUUUUCCAAAAGGGUCCUUUUGCUCUAUUUGAAGAAGAGGUCUUUUCCCAUAGCCUUUUGUCGGAACGGCCGGACGUUCACAUCCGAACGUUUGUUUGGCAAACGCGAUGGAGGACUACCAGGAGGGAUAUCAAGCGGCAUGGCAGGCGAAGUACCAAAUGAUAUGCAAAGAGGAAGCAUCAGGGCGCCAAGUAAUGCGAACCAACAAAAAACCGGAAAAUUUGUAACCCCAAAAGGAAACCCAUUAACAAAUGAUGAGAACUACAAUUCAAAUGAAAGAGGUAAUAGUAAUAAGAACAUAUUGAGCAGCACAAUAUUAAAUUGUAAGAGCGAUGAUAAUAUAUUAUUGUUAGAUCUUCCAUGUACGCAAGAUGAGGAUGUUACUACUAUAACUCCUGGUAGUCAAGCAGGCAAAAGGAAGUAUACCGAAAUUUGUGAUAAUGAUAAAUGGUUAGAAAGAGACCAUUUAAAAAAAAAAAAUACAAUGAAGAUCAUAAAGAAGGAAAUAGCAGAUAUAUCUGAUGCUAAUAAUAUGAAGUAUUUACCUAAUGAACCAAGUUAUGCAGGUAGUAACAAAUCCGAGCUGAACUAUCUAAUGCGUGAAAAUGAUAAGAGCAUAUAUGAUUAUAAUGAAAAGCAUGUUCAUUAUUCCUUUAGUAAAAAGGAUGUAAAUUCUAUCCGUUAUGAAGGAUCUGUAGGGGAAAUUGAAAAAGAUGUGGGUAAGGAAGCAGAGUAUGGCAUGAAUAAAGGGGAACACACCAUCAUGGACGAUACUAGUAUAGCUGAAAGCGAUAACGGGUGUGAUAACCGCAGUGAUGGUGAAAGUUGGGAUGGCGAAAACCCAUUUUAUAAGUAUGAUUUAGGUAAAUCGAAAAGAAGGUACAACAUUGAGAGGAAUGAAGACAAGGUUAUUUUGCCAUUGUUGAACUUAAGAUUUAAAGAGAGUGUAAGCAUAAGCUAUGAGCGCUUUUACAAUUUUGUUAUUACCUUUUUUCAAGAAAUACUGAACAGUAAGAAUAAAAAUAAUGUUCUUCAUUUUGGAAAGAGCGUUAUCAUAAAAAAUGUUAAGUGCAAUGAUACGUAUUUUUUCCUUUUGUCAUUUCAUUCAUUGAGAGCAAUUCAUGAUGGAGAGAAUUUACUGCUAAUGCAGUGGUCCUAUAUUGACGAUGCGCCCGAGUCUGUUAUUCGGAAGUUUAUAAACUCUGUUCAUAGUUAUAAUGAAAGGAAGUGA